AGCUCUGCCGCUGGCGGCGGAGCCCGGGUGUGCGCGUGCGCUGGCCCGGGGCCGCGCAGCCCUGCGGGGCCCGCGAGGUCGCCAUGAGGGACGGCGCCGAUGGGUCCUGGACGCAGGACCCGGAGAGCGGCGAGUUCCUCUGGACGCCAGCCUCCGCCGAGCAGCUGCCGCAGGCCGCCGACGUGGCGGAGCUGCUGGCGGCUCUGGAGCACGACGGCGACGCCACCGUGGUGCUUGCCGCGAGCACCUGCCGGGCCUCCCGAGCCCUGCUGCUCGCGCUGGCCGCGGCCGCGGCCCCUCCGGGCAGCCCGGAGGCCUUCGGCUGGGUCGACGGCGCCCCCGUUGCGGUCGAGGCAGACCAGACGGCCAGGCAGCUCGUGGCAGGGGCGCUGCGGCGCCAGCUGGGCGCCGCCUCGGGCUCCCCAGAGGCCUCCUUCGAGGCGGAGGGCGCGGGCCUGCUGGUGCGGCUGCGGCGCUGGCCGCGGGCGGAGGACCUCUGCUUCGUGCAGGGCGCCGCUGGCGCGGCCGCCGGCGCCGUGCCGGCAGGGGUGCUGGGCAGGCGGUGCGCCGAGGUGGAGGGGGCGGCGCCCAAGCCCGCGGCGGCGGCGUGCGAGGAGUCCGAGGCCGCGGCGGCCAUGGAGCGGCUGGCGGGGGAGCUGGGCGCCCUUGCGGCCGCGGCGGGCAGCGCGGCGCUGCUCGCGCGCCCGCCGCCAGCGAGCCCGCGACGCGGCGGCCACGGGCGCUCCUCCUGGCGCCUGUCGGCCUCCUGCUGCGACCGCAGGCCGCCGGCGAGGGACGCGCCGCCCGAGGUGCACGGCGCCCAGGGCUCGAGCGCCUCGGCGGUGCCGGGGACCGACUCGCAGGCGAGGGCCGUCGCAGAGCUUCUGCGAGACGACGCGACGCGGGUGAGGCUGCUGGACGGGCUCAGCGAGGCCGAGCGCGCCGAGGGCGCGCGGGAGCUCGCAGGGGGGCUGCGGCACACGCAGCGCGUGCAGCUCGCGGACAUCGCCUCCCCGCACAGCGUGGCGCUGGAGGCGCGGAACCCCGUGGUGGCCGCGUCGCUGUGCGCCGUGGAGCUGCGCGGGCGCAGGGGCUGCGCCGUGUCCCUCGCGCGGGGCAGCCGGUGCUACAUUGCCUGA